CUCUCUCUUUGCUCUUCACCGAUUUUUCCCUCUCUCUCUCUCUUUUCGUUCUUUGCUUGUAUUAGCUACGUGGGUGCAGCGUUUGGUAUCGGACCGUUAUCCGAGGGGAGAUUCGCCAGCCUGCUCGUAAAGUUAGCCCCACCGAACAACUACAGCUUGAGAAAAGGGGAACGGCCUAUGCCGGGGCAUCAAGGACUGAAGUGGAACUUUUCCGGCAGCCCUUCGGCUCUGUGAUUGUGCCUCGUGGCGAUUCGGGGCAAAUCAUCUACCUUGAUUCUGUGCAAACGAGGACGGAGAGGGGGGUCGGAGUGAGUGGACCCCUCUAUCAGGACAAUGUGAAUUUCCCAAACAAUUUAGAGUAUUCAUGAGGUUACGCAAAUGUGGAGGCAGCAAAAUUACCGUAAUCAAUUGAAGCGGCGAGCAUGCAUCCGUCCACAGCUCUGAUUACCCGGAGAUCAGCCUGAUGUGAAUGUUACAAAGAGAGGAGCUGUUAAAUUACUUUUGAAUUUGGGUGAGAAGUCUAUGAUCAUUGGGCAAGUGAGUCUGCACAGGGAUAAUAGGGCAGAUCAGUGGACCAGGCUGGUGCUGGUGGCACAUUAGCUAUCUGACUUCGACUUCAAGCUGCUGUUUUAUAGAAAGACCAAAACCUGUAUUACCCAGAAUAAGCAGUGUGUGUCCAUACUCAAAUAGUUAUUUCUUCCCAACAAGGAGAAAAAGAAGGAGAAAUCUUCGCAGAGGAUAAGAUACUAUGGAAGUCCGCUACAGCCAAGACUCGGAGUCCGGAAUGUUGUUGAAGAAUGGACUAAAAGAGGGGAAAGAGGGAAAGGAUUCACAGGGGAACAUUUCAAAAACGUUCCUGAAGGACCAGCAGGAGUCCUUUUCUCCAUCCGGACCGGUGGAAAACUGCGAAAAGAGCCGGACAAGCUCAGCAGACCCUGAUUACUGCCGGAGGAUUCUAGUUCGGGAUGCCAAAGGUUCAAUUCGAGAGAUUAUUCUGCCCAAGGGUUUGGAUCUAGAUCGACCAAAGCGUACUAGGACCUCGUUCACAGCAGAACAGCUGUACAGACUGGAGAUGGAGUUUCAGCGGUGCCAGUAUGUUGUGGGACGAGAACGAACCGAACUUGCCCGACAACUUAACCUGUCUGAAACUCAGGUAAAGGUGUGGUUUCAGAAUCGUCGCACUAAGCAGAAGAAGGAUCAGGGCAAGGAUUCAGAGCUGCGCUCCGUGGUCUCUGAGACAGCUGCCACCUGCAGCGUCCUGCGUCUCCUGGAGCAGGGCCGGCUCCUCACUCCCCCAGGCCUGCCAGGGUUGCUUCCCCACUGCGGGAGCUCGUCGCUCACUUCAGCCCUUCGUGGGUCAUCUCUGGGCAUCACCGCUAAUGGAGGCUCCUCCAGCAGCAGUAGCAGCAGUGCCGCCAGCUCAGGCACAGCCGGGGGGAGUCCGCCGCUGCCGACGGUGACCAGUUCCGGGACAGUCACGGGGCUUCAGGGAUCUCCUCCUGCACAUGGGCUGUUUAACUUCCCUAUGCCAUCUCUGCUUGGGUCAGUCACCUCACGCAUCACCUCCACCCCACUUGGCAUGGCUGGAUCCCUCGCAGGGAACUUGCAGGAACUUUCUGCCCGCUACCUGAGCUCGUCCGCAUUUGAACCCUAUUUGCGGACCAAUGGCAAAGAAGUGUUAGACAAGAAAGUCUUGGAAUGAUCUCUAGGGGCUUCUUUUUGUCCUUUUAUUAUUUUUAUUGUUAUUUUGAAAUUAAUUUGAGCUCUGAUUAUCUCUUUUUUUUAAAUCACUUUUGCCCCCUUUUGUCUCAUCAGUGCUGUUGUGUUGUCAGUCUUGCGUUUUUUCCUGUCGUCAACCUGCACACUUGAUGCCUCUCAGAAUUGUAUAAAGGUGGACAAAAAGGAGGCUUUUCAGAGCAUUUUGCACUAAAUCAAAGUUUCUCCAAUUUGAUACUAAUGAGAGCUUGAGGAAGGAAUGUAGCAAGAGAUUAUGGAGGGGAAGAGGGAUGAAAAUGGUUGCUGAGGCAAUAUUUUCAGGACACUUUUUUCUCUUACACUUUUUGGAGCUGGACAGUUAUAUUCAGAUUAAAAAAUACUUUGAAAGUUGAUGGGUAAAAAAAAAAAAAAAAACACGUAAAGAACAUAGACCCCUGAUAAAAACUAAUGUCAACAUACUUCAUGUUUUCAGUUCAAAGAGCGAUCCAAAUGUGUGAUUUUUACAUAGUGCCGUUUACCAAGUCCCAAAUAAUGAAAUAUAUAUUAAAUUGGGAUUCAUUUCUAAAGGUUAGCAUACAAUACGGUCAUACUGUGGCUUUCUAAACACAAUUUUCUUACAGAGGUCGUGAAUUUGUCAUAUGAAGCUAUUAGAUGUCUAUACCAUUUUGUAUUCGUUUGGUUAAACAUGUUCUUUUACUAAAUGGAAGGAAAAUGCUGUCACACCGUUAAAUAGUCCAAUAGUCCUGUGUUCAUUGUUCUCUAAAUGGUUUCUGUGAGGGUGCUCCCCAAAAUGACUUUUGAAGGCAGUCUCAGUUUGUGAGUUUGUAUGUCUUAAAUAUUUUUCCUCUGUCUGUGUGUGUGUGUGUGUGUGUGUGUGUGUAUGAUGGUACUGAAGUUGUAGUCCUGGUUUCCAUGUUAAGUGCGUGUUUAACUGAAAACCUUUCGAGAAAACUUGAGAUAUCAUUUCCUGGGAUUAAGCUCUGGAGCAUGACCCUUGCAUUAUUGGACCAAAUGUAAGCGGCAACCCCUAUACCAAUGCCGCAAAGUAUUUUCCAGAAGAAUUUGAAGCCCUUUCUAUAAUGAAAACUGAGAUGAGGCAGAUCUCUGAGGGACGAACAGGGUAUGAUUACUGCAUUAUAAAAGCAAGAAGAUUGAGUUACUAAAAUUGUUAUUUUAUUAAAUUAUUCACUUUUGUAAUAAAUAGAUAAUUAGUAUAUUUGCAAAUAAUGAAAGAAUGAAUGUAUUGGGGAGGGGGGGGGGGCAGCCAAUCAAAGCUCUGGUGGUGUUAUUGUUAAAUAUCUUGAAGUUUGUGUACCGUGGUAUGA